AUGAAUGCUGACAAAGGAAAUGUUACUGUUGUUCUUGACAAGGAUAUCUAUGUGUUGAAAAUGGAGGAGAUUCUUUCGGAUGUAGACACUUACCAAAAAAUUGAAAAAGAUCCGACGAAUAAAUUAACUCAAAAUUCGGAACGCAAGCACUCACCAGGUGACGCCAUCGAAUGGUACUAUCAGUAUCAAACAAUGUAUCUACGUCUGAUGGCGGAAAACCAGUUGACGAAAGAGACAACAACGAGAACAACAGCAAUUGAAAAUCAAACAAGUGUUUGUCCCGAUAAUAUCGCCACUAAGAAAAUUCAAAAUGGCCAACCAUUGACAGAAGUCAGCAGCAACCAGGUAACCGCGAGUAAUCGCGAUUCCUAUUACUAUUGUCAACGUUGCGGUAAUGCCUACACGAGACCGCACUCGUUAAACAGACAUAUGAAAUUUGAGUGCGGUGUGGAGCCACAAUUCGAAUGUCCUAUUUGCCACAAGAAGUCCAAACACAAGCAUAAUUUGCUGUUACAUAUGAGAACUCAUCAAAAAUCUUAG